UACAAAACGUUGCAUGAAUGCUAAAGCUUAUUGGUGGCUGGCCUGUAGUUCCAUCACACUUGUAUGCAUUUAUCGCAUCUCUCUCUCUCUCUCUCUCUCUCUCUCUCUCUCUCUGUUCUCUGCUUGAAAUUGUACCGACAUGGCUCCUAACAAAUGGGGUUUCUCUCCUCUUCUAUUUCUCUAGCACUUGAAGCUGCUCUCACCUGCUACUCAGCUACUGUUACUGUUACGAUUUAAUUUGAACUAUAUAGCCUAUCAAAUCCAUCGUUCAGAUCAUUUUGGAGUGUUUUAAUGGCUGUGAAAACUCUGUAUUUCAAAGAACAUGAAGGAAUUGUCCAUAAUCCAAUUGGGCAGCUGUCGUCGGUGCCAUCAAUGCCUUGGUGGAAUACUUUUGGAUCUCAAUCUUCUUAUGGUGAAUCCUGUGCUCUAUUCAAGCCUUCUUUAAUGGAACAACCACCAAUCUGUGAAGACUCACUCACUGCCAUGAAGCAAGCCAGGCUGGGUAUCGAGCAAGGGCUAGUUAAAGGGAAUAUGACUCAAUUCACUAUCUUUCCUGGUAACUGCAAAACUUCAGGUGAUGGACAAAAGUCUCCUCAGACAGCCAUCUCUCUACAAACAUCUUUGCCAGAAUAUCGUGCUCAUAUUGACCAGGGAUAUGGUCAGCCUAUGAUCUAUGCAAAAUAUCCUCAUGUCGAUCAAUGUUAUGGAUUAUUCUCAAGUUAUGGACCUCAAAUAUUGGGGCGAAUUAUGCUGCCAAUGAACAUGACAACAGAUGAUGGACCAAUAUUUGUGAAUCCUAAGCAGUACCAUGGAAUCAUCAGACGUCGAAAAACCCGUGCAAAGGCUGUACUGCUGGAGAAUAAGUCAACCAAAAAACGUAAGCCUUACAUGCACCUUUCACGCCAUCUUCAUGCAAUGAGACGACCAAGGGGAACUGGUGGCCGUUUCUUGAACACAAAGACUUCCGACAAUGGAAUAGGUGAGAUUGAGGCAAAGAAAGAUGGUGGUGUUAAAAUAUCUCAGCCAACUGGUUCUCAGAGUUCUGAAGUCCUGCAGUCUGACAGUGGAACUUUGAACUCGUCAAAGGAAGCAAAUGGUGGUGGAUCAAAUCUUUCAGGAUCUGAAGUGACAAGUACAUAUACUAGGAGAGAUCUUGAUCACUUUUCAAUCAAUCAUCUUGCAUCACCAGUGCAAUCUUUCUCUGUCAUGAUGGAUAGUGGGCAUAACAAUGUUAUGCCCAGUAAGUGGGUUGCAGCAGCAGAUAACUGUUGCAACCUGAAAGUCUAAUAGCAAGGGUGUGGAUUUGGGGCUUAGUUCUUGCACUGAGCAUCAAAUCCCAUCCCUCGAUGCGACCAGAUGAAAAAGUUCUGUUGCAUUUUAUUAUGUUGCAGGGCUUUUUAUGGAGAUUGGCUCCGCCAUUUGGUUGCUGGGCAAAUCAUUCUUGGCUCAUAUGCAUUAUGGUUAUCUCUGUCAUUCCAUGCAAUCCUGAAAUCAUUGGGUGAUCAGAGGUGAAAACCUUAAUGCACUGUAAAAAAACCUAAGAAAGACUAGAAAAUAAAAUGGGUCCAUUCCCAUCUUGCAAUGAUGAUGUGGAAGUUUGGUUGUGCUUGUGAUCCUAAAUUAUGUUGAAUGGUGUUUCUUCUGUCUGGUUUAUCGAGUUCUUAAAAUAAUGUAUUUCUGGAACUGGGCUUGUGUUAUCACUUAUAUUUUCUGUAAUCACCAUGCGUUCUCUCAUGGAACUUUAUUUGUAGUAUCACAUACUUUUGUGGGUGUUGUCCUAUUUAUUGAAGGAAUAUUUAUAAGUGCAGAGGACAUUAUUAAUUGUUGUA